AUUGAGCUCUCACGCACGGAAUUCCCUUUCAGCAACAAGGAUUGUGUUUAGGAAGCAGUUCCUUCAGGACAUUUACUGCAUCUUGAUCUGGGUGGAUCCCGCUCCGUUUACUCUAUUACCUCAUAUCUUUGUGAUUCUCCGUCUAGAUUGAAAAAUGACAACUGGAGCGGAUGUUCGGGAUAUCCUGGAACUCGGAGGGGUGGAGCCAGAGUCCACAGGAAUGAUUAGCAAAAAAGACAUUAUAAAUGCAGAUAAGAGAAAAUCAAAGAAAUCAUCAGAGACCCUCACAUUUAAGAGGCCAGAAGGAAUGCACAGGGAGGUGUAUGCACUGCUGUACUCCGAUAAAAAGGAUGCUCCCCCACUGCUACCCAGUGACACCACACAGGGCUAUCGCACAGUGAAGGCAAAGCUGGGAUGCAAGAAAGUCCGACCCUGGAAGUGGAUGCCGUUCACUAACGCAGCCAGGAAGGAUGGGGCUAUAUUCUACCACUGGAGGCGGGCAUCAGAGGAGGGAAAGGACUACCCCUUUUCCAGGUUUAAUAAGACAGUGCAAGUCCCAGUAUACUCUGAACAAGAGUAUCAGAUGUACUUACAUGACGAUGGUUGGACAAAGGCUGAGACAGACCACAUGUUUGACCUGUGUCGGCGAUUUGACCUUCGCUUUGUUGUCAUUCAUGACCGCUAUGAUCAUCAGCAGUUCAAGAAAAGAUCAGCGGAGGACCUGAAGGAUCGGUACUACAGCAUUUGUGCUAAGCUGGCAAAUAUUCGUGCCACACUAGGGAGUGAGCUGAAAAUACCUGUGUUUGACGCUGGGCAUGAGCGGCGCAGGAAGGAGCAGAUGGAGAGGCUAUACAGCAGGACACCAGAGCAGGUGUCAGAGGAGGAAUAUCUAAUCCAGGAGCUCCGCAAAAUAGAGAGCAGAAAGAAAGAAAGAGAGAAGAAAGCCCAGGACCUACAGAAACUUAUUACUGCGGCUGAUACCACCACUGAGCUGAGGCGGGCAGAGCGAAAGGCGACUAAAAAGAAGCUACCACAGAAGAAGGAAUCUGAAAAACCAAUGGUACCAGAAACUGCUGGAAUCCGGUUCCCAGACUUCAGAUCUGCAGGUGUCACAUUGCGCAGCCAGAGGAUGAAACUGCCAAGCUCAGUCGGACAGAAGAAGAUUAAAGCCCUGGAUCAGAUGCUAACAGAACUCGGAGUAGAUUUGAACCCGAUGCCGACAGAGGAGAUUGUACAGAUGUUUAAUGAGCUGCGGAGCGACCUGGUGCUGCUGUAUGAGCUGAAGCAGGCUUUCUCCAACUGCGAGUACGAGCUGCAGAUGCUGCGCCAUCGAUUUGAAGCCCUUUCUAAGACCGGAAGCUCCAGCACAGGCGCAGUCGGAGAUGGGACGGGAAGUCACAGUCAGGUUAUGGUCAGCAUAGAAGAAAUAAAAACAGAAGUUAAAGAUCCAAUCAUUGAUGUUGUUGGAGCUCCACUAACUCCCAACUCGAGAAAGCGCAGGGAAUCCGCCUCCAGCUCUUCAUCGGUGAAAAAGAUAAAGAAACCCUGAGGCCCAAAUAAAACAGAUAGGGCAAGAUGGGGGGAGUAAAGCAGCUCGUGAGAAGCAACCCAACUGCUGGAUACAAACGGCGAAGUCAAGCGGACUUGUGAUGUUCAUGACGCCCUGCUUCUUAUGUACAUAUUGUUUUAUGUCUGUGUAUAGGUGCAGCUGUACAGUCACAUACGGAACAUUAAACCAGUUUGUUCAA